AUGGGGCAGCUGCUCAGUGGCCUUUGCACUCAUCACUACAGCUUGCAGCUUCUUUCUUUGUUAAGUUCUUCACUCACAAAAAUCUACAAGGCCACAAGAGUUGGGGGCUCAGGCAGUGACGACCGCUUGGAGGAGGUCAUCCAACUGUACUGGCUGGAGAAGAGGAAGGAGGUGAGCAGGGACCCACAGCAGAAAACCCUGCCCAAGGAGGAGCAGCCUGGCCUUCCUAUCCAUGGCACGAGCCAUGCCACAAAAAUUGCCUUGCCCCAAACCCCCAGGAAAAUGCCAGGCAAGUGGAAGCCAUUGGCCUCGAAGGCUGUGGACCAUGGCCUGGGUGGCCUUGAGCCUGCAGCCUCUAAGCCUCCGAAAGAAGCCAAAGCCCUUGUAGCCCCAGGAACAGCAGCCAAGAGCAAGUUUGUGGACUGGCCCUUGUGUCGGGCAGACAUGUCUGCGGAGCUGAUGUGCACUGAAGGGAUCCUGGACAUUUCCAAAAUGAUCCCGACCCCCGGGGAGGGUGGUGACAGACCUCUGUCUGCCAGCCCGCCCUUGUCCCCAAAUGUGCCUUCCUGCUCAGAAGGUGACAGCAGCUCCGUGGACAGUGACGAUAGCCUAGAGCAGGAGAUCCGGACGUUUUGGGCACUAAAAGCACAGGCCAGGAGGGACACCUGCCCACAGUCCUCACACAGCCCACUGGCCUUGCCUGGCCCCAACGGGCAGGCUGGUGGCCCCAAGGCCCCUGUCUCUAAAACACUGGACCUGUCACUGAGCUGCAAAGGGCAAUGCAGAGGAGGCGGCAACACCCUGUGGCCGUCCAUACCCAAGAAAACAAGAGAGGUGGCAAAGGAGGGUGCCCCAGAUGCUGCCCUCGGCCAGAGAAAAGAACAGCCCGGCCAAGGAAAAGCCAGCGAGGCGCCUGGAAGGGAGGGCAGGCCAGGAGGUAGCCUCUCCCCUGCAGGACUGUCGAGGGGCAGCGUGUCACUGGGCCACGGGAAGGCUGUGGAGGCGAGGAGUGUGGACGAGAAGGAGAGCUCCUAGGACAGGAGUAGCUCACUGGACAUCGGCGAGGACCUGGACACCGCCAUGAAGGACUUGUUACGAUCCAAGUGGAAGCUCAAGAAGCCUUGUAGGUGUCAGGACUCCAGAGCUGUGUGCAGGAAGGUGCACGGAGACACGGGCCCUGGGUCAGCGGGUGGCCUCCAGAGAGGCUGGAAGGACAGAAGCCCGCCCUUGUUGAAAAGCCGCCUGUCAAAGUCCAAAAGGGACAGCGGGGAGGACCCACUGAGGAAACCUUCCAGCAGCUUGCACAGCCCCACAGAGAGAACAAAGCUGUGCAGGGCUGGCAAGGCGGAGGCCCACAACCUUCACCAAUCAGCCGCCAGCCCCAGCUCUCAGUCUGACAUCAGUUCCGUGGACAGUGACAACAGCAUCGAGCUGGAGAUCUGGAAGGUUUUGGCCAAAAAGGACAAGGAGUGCCUGUGCGGUUCAGAAAUUCAAGGAGGGGGUUCCCACCAUGCUCAGCUGGGGAGUGUGCCCAGGCCAGAGCCACUGUGCCGGAAGGUGGUGGCCCCAGCCCUGGUCACACAGGAAUGCCUCCUGGGGGGCUCGCCUUCUGGGACUGCAGAGUGGCCCAUGUUUGGAAGCUCACACUUGCUCAUGAAGAAGAAGUGUGGGCACUGGCCCAAGAGGAAGGCACUGGCAGCACUCGGCUCACGCGACAGCAGGAACUUGGGUUCAGAUGAGGACAUUUUAGACCUGAGGUAUAGAUGGAGGGUGGAUAGAGGCAGGAGAACAGGAGGCAUGGGGCAGUGACCCCAGUGAGCUGAGCGACAUCUCCAUGGAGGACGGUGGCCCACGGUCAGGGGCAAAGUCCUCAAGCUGUGAGUACAGGUCCUGGUGCCAGCGUAUCUGUGGAUGGCGCAUGUAUGUGCUUGUACCUGUGCAUGUAUAGGUGACACUGUGGGUAGCGGAGGAACGGGGGCCACUGUAACCGCCCUGUACAUACAUACAUUAACAGGAAACGAUGCCCUUAUUUAA